GAGCUAGUGUAGGACGGUCGUAUCGAUGGUUGGCAUCAAUAACAUUAGGACUAGGACUAGCUUGUAGGACAAAGGCAUUGUAAAUACGUAUUUUUUAUUUUCGUAGUUUCAAUUAUUGUUUUUGUGACAUUCUGAUUUGAAUAAUAAACUUUAGUAAUCAUGCUUGAGCUGGAAAUCGUUCCAGAAAGAUCUCUUGGCUGUGAUCAUUGGGAAUUUGUUUUAGGCAUGCAUUUUUCCCAAGCUGUGGCAAUAAUCCAGUCACAAGUGGGUAUCAUCAAAGGAGUACAAGUCUUAUACUGUGAAUCGAACCCACUCAGUGCAGAUCUUUGUAUCAAUCUCUCGCAGGAUGGAAUCAAAUUGGUAUUCGAUCCUGUGGCCCAAAGACUGAAGAUCAUUGAAAUCUAUAACAUGAAGUUGGUGAAAUUGAAAUACUGUGGAAUAGAGUUCAACUCUCCAGAGGUCUGCCCCAGUAUUCAGCAAGUCGAGCAUUCAUUUGGAGCCACUCAUCCUGGUGUUUAUGAUCCCGAGAAGCAGACCUUCGUUUUGAACUUCAGAGGGCUCUCGUUCUCAUUUCCUGUUGACACGAAAUUCCAGCCACGUUACUGCCACGGUCUUGGAUCCCUUCAAUUCCCUACUGGAGCUUCUCCUUGUGUGUCGAGGACUUGCAUUUACACAGGACACAGUCUCGUUGAUUGUGUGCCGCCUAUCUUGCCGCUCGCUUGCUACUGCGGUCAGGUGUAUCUGGAGAAAGCUGAGGUCAUCAGAGAGAAGGAUCGUACAUGUGGACUCCGUCUUCAUCUCUAUUUGGAAGGAUUGCCAACCAGAUGUAAAAGACAAUCGCUGGUUCGGGACAUUUGGCUGGGUGAUACUUGUCAAGAUGUAGCUUCACUUAUCGGAGCCCCUCAACGUAUUUUCUAUAAAUCUGAAGACAAAAUGAAGAUACACAGUCCAAACGCUCACAAACGAGUUUCCACUAGACGUUCAGAUUAUUUCUUCAAUUAUUUCACUCUUGGAAUAGACAUGCUGUUUGACGCUAGAACACAAAAAGUGAAAAAGUUUGUUCUUCAUACGAAUUUUCCCGGACACUACAAUUUCAACAUGUACCACAGAUGCGAGUUUCAUUUGAGUUUCCCUGCUGACAGACACUUGAUAUGUACAGAUUCUAAUUCGGAUAAAAAGACUGCACCUUCGAUAAUCGUCUCGGCGUAUUCUAAAUGGGACGUAAUCUCUGAUCAGUUGAAGCCUAGUGAGAGACCAGUAGUACUUAACCGGGCUUCUUCGACCAACACAACUAAUCCAUUUGGGUCUACAUUUUGCUACGGCUAUCAGGAUAUGAUUUUCGAGGUUAUGCCGAACCAUCAUAUAGCAUCUGUCACCUUGUAUGCCACCAAUGAUGAUGUAUGACAAAGGAAGAGCGAUGUGGCCCUAGUUCACAGACGUAUUUGUCUAAGCACAGAGUUGAGUCGUUAAUUGAAUAUUAUUUUAGUUUUGAUUUGAUUAGUUGAAAUUCCUCUGUAAAUAUUUAUAUCCACUACUCUAGGCUCAUAUGUUCAGUUGUCAAUUAAAUUCACAGCCUUCAAGACGAGUUGCUGGUAUUCAUAGGAUUGUUAGAUUGUAAAAAAUAACGAGUUAAACGGUAUAUUUAUUCCCGAAUGAUAAAUAAGGACUUUCCCUUUAAUUAUUCCAAUUAUCGUCAUUAUUAUUUGAUGACAAUCAUGAUAUAAAUAUGAUUUUUCACAGCCCAAACAGAACUAUUUUGCAGCUCAGUGAUAACAAAAAUGAAAAAGUAUUCUAGACAAUUAAAAAAUGAGUUGUAUUUCAGUUUGAACCGUUAUUAGUUACCAACUACUGUUUGGGGUAAAGCAGUCACGAAAAUCUGUACUUUUAAUUUGUAUUGUGAAAAUCUUGCUGAUCUGUUCCCUAACUAGUUAAUCUACCAUUUCCAGUGGUUCGCCCCAACUGAUAGUUAAUGCUUUCGUAAAGUAUCAUAAAAUAACAGUUGAAGGAUUGGAAUAUCAUUUCAUCGUGAAGUCGGCGAAUGGUUGCUAAAGGCUGAUUAAAUCAUAAUAUCUCAAAAUCUUUCAGUUACCACAAAACGUUUAAGAAUUUUCAAGUGGAUAAGUUCAUUAUAAAAUAUCUCAACUUGCUCUCCUUAUCACUAACCUUGCAGCUUUUUUUUAUCUAUCAUUGUUAUGCAUCUAAAUUAUCAAUAUUUUCGAAAUCUGAACACCAAUUGAAUUCAUAUUAAAUUUUAAUUAUGUUAUUUUAAGAAUCUCUAUUUAUUAAGUUUUAUUUCUAUCAUAUUAAAAUUUAAUAUUUAAAUAUAAUUUAAUAUCACUCUACAAUAAUACAACAUUUCAUGCAUGUUUCACUGUGUGAAUCGUACAGUUUACUCGAUAGUAUAGUAUAACAUUGAGGUAUAUUCAUAGCUCAUGCAAUUCCAUUAUUCACAUGUCUACCUGACUAAAUUCUUCUCAAGUCCAGUUAAUUGAUAAAAAUGAAAGUGUUUUCAUUGUAUUACUCAUUUUCCCAAAGUAAUAGUUUAUAUUUUAAGAGUACCCAACAGUAAUAGUUGUAGCUCAUGGUUUUCAUCAUCAUUAAAUUGAAAGCUAUAUUAUUAGUUUCCUUUCAAUGCGAUCCUCAAAUGAAUAAUAGUUUGAUUGACCUGUUAGGCCGUCAGGUUUCUCAGUAGGUAAUCAAAAAAAAAAAAAAAAUCUAUGAAACACUAAGUAUUUUUCAAGACUAUACAAAUAUGAAAUAAAAUUGUUUUCAUUGUAUCACAACACAAAGUAGUAUAUGCUACAUUUUUUAUCAUUAGACUUAACUCGACAGAAAAUAAUGAAUUUACAACUGAACCAGUAAUUUAUAGUACAGAGCCACUAUUGACUGCCUCAAUUUCCUUCUCAUCCUGCGAUAUCUGUGAGGUAAAUGAUAAUCUUGGAUAGUGUGACGAGCGUGCACUUGUCCCGGCUUGGAUGAUGGAUGAGCUUGUUGUCGGAAGAGGUGAUGAUGAGCUCUGACCACUAUUACGACCACCACCUUUCCUCAAUUGUAUCAUGGCAACGUGAGGUUUUACAGUCUGCAUUGAUCUUAAUAGGAUCAGAACCCCAUUUGACGAUUUUACUUUCUUGUCAAUAUUUCUUUGAAAAAAGGGACAUAUUCGAGUGAGUUGUUGACAGAAUUAAAUUUAAGUUGAAUUAUGUCAAUAAACUAUUAAAAAAUCAGAAUAAUAAUGUAUUUUAGGCUAGGCGUUCCUUCUCUCUUGAGAAAAGAUGAACAUUUUUUAACGUUACAAAAAAAUGAAAUAAAAUGAGUGCAUUAUAAAAAGCGAUAAAAAUCAAUAAGACAAUUUAAAUUUUAAAAAAAAUGUUUAAAUAGUAAAAGAGAAUAAAAAUUAAGUGCAUAAGUACAUUUUUAAAAAUUUAAUUUCCGACCAAUAUUAACAAUUUUAAACUAUUAUAGAAAAAUCCCCACAUAAGUGUAAGCUAAAUAUCAAUACCUUCAAUAAUAUAAAAUUCCGAUUACAUAGUUCACAUAGGCACACAAAGUUUUUAUCAUAAGUUAUCAUUAAGAAACCUUAUUUUCAUUUGCAAGUCAUCAUGUUUUAUAUACUAAUAUGUUCGAGAAUCACUUUUUGAUCUCCAAUACUAUCAUUAAAUUGGAAUUUUCUUCUUAGUAGUGAAAUUUAGUAAUUCUUAGGUUAUUUUUAUUAAUUUAGUAUAAUUUGUAGAGUUAAACAUGGUAGUUCAGUGAGUGGUUUGUUUCAACACGUUAUUUUGUAGGGGACAGAUCUCAUUCGUUUUUGAGCCCUAGGAAAUACUAAUUUAUUAUUUUGUGUAAAUUUCAUGUCAGGCUUUACAAAUAUAAUUGUAGGGAAUUAAAUAGGUUAAAAUAAUUUUUGCAAAUUCACCCCCUGAAGAGAAUGUACAUCUUUGAUGAAAGCUGAAGUAGUUGGAUUAUAACCAUGUGAAUCUUUAUUCAAACUGAUACUCAUCUAAUUAAUCCACAACUUCCACGAGAAAAUCAUGAUUUCAUCAUUCCUCUAUACUGAAUUUAUGAACAUGAAUGAUCCAAUGUAAAUUUUAUGUGAUAUCAAUGUAGUUCUUGUAAUUAAUCAAAUCAAACAAAAUACCAUAAGUAUUCAUAUUAUUCGUGUAUAAAUCAAUACUCAUCCUUCAAUCAUAUAAGAAACUUGGGUAAUAUUAUUUCAAGUGAAAUCUGUAUGACAGACAGUUAGAUCUACAAUUAUUCUCCUCUAGCAUACUAUAAAACUUUGCAAUGCUCAAAGCUUCAAAUUUGAAUCAAAACAUUAGAAACUUUAUUUAAUUAAUAAUCUCUAGCAUUAUCACAGCCAUUAUUAUCAUUAUUAGUUUAUAACUUUUAUUGUUAUUAUUAACUUAAUUAUUAAUACUAUUAUUAUUGUAAUCAACGUUUUAGUUUUAUUUCACCAUUAUUGGUGGAUUAUUUUUUGACUUUUAUUUGUUUGAGGCAUUUGAUGGUGUAUCGGAAUUAUAAUUCUUCCAUCUUUAUUUGUUAGUUUCAUCCAUUAUGUUUUCAGGAUUUCUAUUCUCUAAUUCUAGAAAGGGAAAAAUCUCCCUGUAGUUCAUGUUCCUCUUUCCAAUAUUCAAGAACAGGCACUACUUAAUAGCUAUAAAUAGAAAGUUAUACAAAGACUAUCAACCCUCCAUCAUAGACGAAAAUGUCACGAUUUUUACUAAAAUAUCACCGAUUUUUAUAAUUAUUAUUAGUAUGAAAAAUAAAUGCUAUUUUUUAUGAAAAACUGCCGAAACAUUCAGUAUGAAAUUCAAUAUUAGAAAUUGCAAUAUUUGCAAUGUAUUUUAAUAUGUAUCACGGCUAUAAAUAAUAUACUCAAAUCACUUGGAUUAUGUAAAUCCAAAUAGAUACGAUGUCGUAAUUUGUUUGCUGAUAUGUAAUGAAAAUAGAAUUAGAUUCACAUCUCGAAUUUGUAUAAUGUGUAUUAUAGUUAUUUAUUACAAAAGGUUUUUUAUUUUGAUAAAGAUUAUCUACAAAUUAGAAUUUGAUGAAAAUUAUCAGGAGAUGAAAAAUGUAUUAUCAAAUAAAAAUAUAUUUUAUUCUUUGUACAUAAAUUAUGUGCAAUUUUUUAAAUUGUUUCAAUAAACAUUCAUUUCAAACUUUUGUGAA